AUGCUGCUGACUAAACGCUUUUAUGAGACACUUUCCCACUUUUCUGUAUGUACCAUCUUCCGAUGCCAGGUUCUGGAGAUCAAAGAAGUGACGCCUCAACAUGGUGGCAUGUACAUGUGCAAGGCUGAGGCCAAGAAUCCGGCCUACAGGGAGCGCAAAGUGUUCGAGGACUUCAAUCCACCCCGGAUCUUGAUCCAAGUGCAGCCAAUACGCGGCAUCGUCUUCGUUCGGCCCCACAUUCUGCCCGGGAGUCCUAGUUUGGUACCAUCGAAGCCCAGAUAUCCGUCUCGACGCCACAGCUGUACCAUGCAGUCCAACGACUUCCCUUUUCGCUCUCGCAACGGCCGCGACGCCGCCGAAUCGGCCAGCCCCAGUACAUCACCGACACCCUCCGGCUCCAGUUCGUUGGCACCGUCAUCUCCAUCCUCAUUGUCGUCUGAAGAGGAUCAAAACCACGGUCGUUUUUUCAAUAUUGACCCUCAGGUCGCUUCUUUGUCACGGCAACACCCUAAGAUUCGCCGAAAAUCACGAAUCCGCAACCGUUGGUACACUUCGGACGGCCCACCAGCUCCAGUCAACAUUGUGGCCUGGGAGGAUGGCAGAAUGACGUUGGAGUGUGCCGUGCGGGGCUGGCCGAAUCCACAUCUCAUGUGGUUUCGUGGUGGAGUCGGGUCUGCGGCAAGUCUGGCGCCGGAUUCGAAUGCAAUCACCUUCGAUCAAAACGUUAAAGUGGCUCUUAGAACGCACAAUUUGGUGGAUAUACACCACAUUCUGGGCACAAAGAUAUCCGACGAUGAUCGCCUCUUCGAGACCGUCGGCUUUCCAAACUCCCGAUUCAAGGACUCUGAAUUUGGAAGCGAGGUGGUCAAUGAAGCUGCCGCUGAAGCUGGGGGCGGAACUGUUACUGGGCGUGGCGCCAGGAUCAUUUCUGCCGUUAGUAACUCGAAAAAUAUGGCUUGUAUCGGCCGGUUCAGUCUACAGACGGGUGUGAUCAACGACACGACUGGUCGACCUGUGCUCAAAGUCUCCCGACUGGUCGUUGACAAUGUGAUGCCCCAAGACGCAACACGAUACACCUGUCUGGCUCUGCUCGACCUUGAGCCCUUGGGCGGCCAUGGCAACUUCACGGACGUUGGCAGGUAG